CCGAGCCUGAGCGUCGCCAUCGCCGGCAGCGGAGCGCCAUCACCAUCACCAUCGCCAUGCAGGCCGACUGCCUGCAGCAGCAGCUGGACUUUGUGUCGAGCCAGGGGCUGGUGCUGAGCCCCGAGCACAAGGCCGCGCUGCAGGUGUCGCUGGAGCUGAUCCGCCGCAACUACAAGUUCAGCCACGUCUACUUCUGGGGUCGGAUCCUGGGUCUGAGCGCCGACUACUUCAUCGUGCAGGGCGUGGGGCUGAACGAGCUGAUGGAGAGGAAGAGUCUGUACAGUUUUAACUGCAUGGAUUGGAAGCUGCUCCCCCCAGCAACGAAUGAAAUGAUAGCCAGAUCCAUGAUGCUGAGAGGUCGCUUCAUGGGCGACCCAUCUCAUGAAUACGAGAAGACCGUGGUUAAGAAGGAGAAUGAAGAGCACGUCAAUCAGGACACAGAAAUCAAGGUGAAAGAGGAAGAACGUUUAACAGCUACGAUUACACUCAUAAACAUGGAAACAGCAGUCAUUCCCAGGGCCGCUUUCAUCAUGACACCUCAAAAUGACGUCCAUAGGAAUAGGAGUUUCGAAGGUUUAUCGGUGACCGAAGCCGGCAAGCUGAAGUCCUACCUUCACUUUACCAACCCUCAUGUGUUGAAGACAAAGUCAAUUCUGAUGCAAGCCAACUUAGAAGAGUCCAUUGAUUUCCUCGAUUGUCUCGAAGAUGAUGAGUUGAAAGUGUUCUGGAGUCUGCAGUACGAGAGAGGCAACAAGCUGGUCAUUCUCCGAAACGUCCUGUGGCCUGGCUACGCCUUCUUCCACGUGCCGGAAACCACUCAGUUCGGCCACAUCUACAUGGGGAUGGGCGAGAAGAACAUAGACUUCCCCUUCAUGAUAUGACACCCCCAACCCCAACAAAAACACAGCGAGACUUGGCUUGGUCAAUUCUUCUUUGCUUUAAUCAAAUUACAGAUGACAUCCCCGUCCCCUGUAAAGUGUACACUUUAAUAACAACAAACCCUCUGGGUCCGAAUAAAUGUUGUUUCAAUCUG